AUGAAGAUUAUUUGUUGUUUAUUAUUAUUUAUUCUUCUGAUUAAAUGUAUUGAAACGAAAAAAGUUCAUCGUACAUAUGUAGUUGAACGAAAUACAACAGCUCGUGAAAAAUCAAUGUAUGGAUUUAGAAUACUUGAUUCAAACGAAAAAACAUGUUUAUAUCAAAUAAGAGUUUCAUCGAAGGAUAUGGAUACUGCUAUACUUGUUGAUGAUAUUGGAAAGAAUAUAGUGGCUAAUCUUAAAGGUACAUGGAUAAAAAAUUCAAUUAACGUUACAUUUUCUAUUAAUGAUUCACACUUAAAUAAAUGGACAGAUGGAUUUAUACAAAGAAAUGAUAAUUGGCUUUCUAUUGAUUAUGCAACUCAAUCUAAUAAUCAGCAAUUAAUUGCAAGAUCGAGCACCUUUUUGAAGAAAGUAAAAAUCUAUGAUAAAAAGAAAAAUGAAUUAAUAGCUCAAUUUCGACAACGUACUCGAUGGACGUCUUCGAAACCGGUCAAAUAUAUUUUGAAAAUCUAUUCAAAUCAAGUACCUGAUGCUAUUUAUUUUUUCUUAGUGUUAAUUAUGGAUCAUCGAGGUCUUGCUGGCGACAACUAA